AUGGCAGAAUCAAAGCAGACACCGCUCUCAGCACCGGAAGUGUCGCCAAAACGCGAUGAUGGUGGAAGAGAUUCACCGCAAGAAAGCAAACCGGCAGCGGACACAACAGAAGACAUCACCUUCAAGGGAGCAGACAGAACGUCCUGCUCACCACCAACAACUACGCGUGAGUCAGUGGAAGCAUCAGGUGAUGAGAAAAAUGAAGAAAACCCAACAAUCAAGCAAGAAGCCGAAUGUACACCGAAAAGUGAACCGGAGGAGGAAGAAUCAUCCCCGCAGAAAAGUGGUAAGGCAACACAUGAGGCCACAUCGGUAAAGGCAGAAGAAUCAUCAGCGCCAGAACAGCCGAAGAUGGAAGCGACCGACCGAGUUGAGGAAAAGUUGACACAAAAGGAAGAGGUAAAAACAAAGGAACCUACGUCACCGGUCACUAUGGAGACGCAGCAGCAGCAGCAAGUCAAUGAUGGCGAUGUCGAUGAGGAUGGUAGUGAUGGUGUAGCACUAUCCACAGAUAGUGCUGGCAUCGAUGCUAAGGGUGCGGUAAACAGUGAACCAAAGGUAGCAGGCGCAGCUGCUGUGCCAAAAGGCGAAAGCAGAAAACGCUCGCAGACUGACCAUAGUAGGCGCAGUAGAAGCAGUAGCGACAGUAGUACCAGUAGCACUAGUAACGAAAACAGUACCAGCCCAGAAGACCGUAACAGCAGUAGCAGCAACUCUGGUGGCAGCGGCAGCAGCAGCAGCAGUAGUGAUAGUGAGGGAGCCAGUUCAGCGAAAAAGGUGAAAUUGGAACCGCUGAACGAAGAAGAAGAAGAAGAAGCACUGGUGAAGACUGAAGUGGCUGUGGCCGAGAUGGAUGCAAAGCAACGGGCGGCAGCAGCAUCACCGUCUGCACGUUCGGUUGAAUCAAACAUGGCGGCUGAGAAGAUGGAAGAAAUAUCUGGCCCGGAAGAGCAACCGAAUUCGACUGAACCGUUAGACCAGGAAGAGCAAACCAGUACAUUCUUGCCACCGGCGUCAGUACAGUCAUCUUCUCCUGUCGAAAAUGUUUCGACGCAGGAUGAGGAACAGGCGCCCGGCAGCGAAGAAGCAAACCGUACUGAAUCGUUGUUACUUCCACCACCUCCCCCACCUCCACCGCUGCCACGGGUCGAUGCGGAGAUAUCCCGUACGGUGGUGGGGAAGGUUUCCAUCGUGGCACCGGUGCUGGAACGACCGGAUUCGGCUCGGUUGACGGCGGAUCUGCAGAGCUGUCAGCGGCAGCUAGCCGAAGUACGCUCCAAGUUCGACGUAACCCGCAAGGAACUGCACGCGACCAAGCGCAAGCUGAAACGCAUGUCGGUACGGUUGGGCAACACGACCGGUGGUGCUGGUUCGGUACCGUCCGGUGCGCACACCGUGGGCAGUGUGUCCCCACAUCCACUAGCGAUCGGUACAGCGGACGAGGACCGUAACCGGAAAUGGCGCGAACCGAUGAUACGGGCGGCGAUGAAAAUUAAGACAGCCAUGGGCAUCCAGGCGUACAAAUCGCUGAUCAAGGACGGUGAGCUGCUGCUACCCAGCUUGCGAACCAUCACCCGCUAUUUAGAGUCGCUGCGAAAGUCUGGUAGUGGGGCGACUGCUGCCGCCCUGGCUAAUGUGGGCCCGGCCACGAAAGGGACCACCACACCGAUCGAGGUGGAAGACGUGGCAGAAGAGGAAGAGUAUGAAGAUGAGGAGGAGAUGGUGAUGGAUGAGGAUGGUAUGGUUGCGCGAAACGCGGACGGUAUGCUACAGCGCCGGUUGGAGCAAUCGAGUGGGAAGAAGAAGCAAGCGAAGGCUAAUGGUGGUGGUGGUGGUGGUACAGGCCGUACGAUAGAUUACAAUCGGAACGAGCAGAGACGCCAUCCGUCGUACGCUUCCCAUCACCAGCAGCAACAGCAUCAUCGUCAUCUAGGGCCGGAUGUGCAGCUGCAGGAGAUCAAAACAGAGCAGGACCCCGUCAGUUUUACCGCAUCACCCGACAUAAACUAUUACCAGCAUGCGGACGACGAUGAGGAAGAGGAUGAGGACGGAUACCAAGACCCAACAUCCCUGCUGGAAGAAUGCCGAUACGAGGAAGCUAGCGGAAUGCAUUUAAACGGAGGAGAGGACGCAGGCUACCAUUAUGGUCAGCAAGGUCAGCAACCGCAGCAGCAGCAAACACUGUCUCAGGCACAAAUCGAGUUCCUCAAAUCGAUGGUAGGCUUCCGGAAAAAGUGGACACCGUACGAACUGCGAACAUGCAACGAUAUUCGACGCAUCAUUGGAAGCCGGGAGUACGAAUCAUUGCGUCGAAAGGAUGGCAUGCCACUGCCGAGUGUAAAGACGCUUCGCAAGUACCGCCAUGCUGCCCAACUGCCGGACGAUGUAGACAUAAUGGGUCGGAAGCGUAAGCUCAACGAAAUGGACGACUCCCCGACCAAUCAAUCACGCACUGUGCCACGGUAUGGCGCAGGAGUAGAACCUGCUGGUGGCGGCGGUACGGUUGACAAUGGUUCCGGUGUGCUGUUUCCGUUCGGUAACGAUACAGAUAAGGAGCUGCUUAAACCGGAACACGAUCCCGAUGGAGGUCAUUUCGAUGUGAGCAUACUAACGUUACCGCAGAUCAGUUUCCUACAGACACUGACCAUGAACACGAAGGGCUUUUCCGACUACGAGUUACAACGAUCGCUUGAGCUGAAGAACGAACUUGGUAGCGGCAACUAUGAGACACUACGGAAGCAAGAGUUUCUUAACAUUCCUACGCUGGCUAUGCUUACUCGCUACGAGCAGGACAAUGGGCUGGAAGAUCUGUCGCGGCUAAGAGGCCGAAAAGCUCCAGCUAAUGAGCGCAAGCGUCGCAAGCUAAACGAACCAUCGAUUGGGCUGGCACAGGAGCAGGAAUAUCAGCGUAACCGAGAGAUCGAGGAACAGCAGGCAUGGGAGCAACAGCAGCAAGAACAAGAGCAGGAGCAUCAGCGGCAGCUGGAACUGUACAACCGAUUGACACAGGCGGAUCCAUCACGCCAUCCACUGUUCGACAGUAUCGCCGGAGACUCGUCGCCCGCCGAAGGCACAGAUCCGGCAAUAACUGCGGCCGCUCUUGCGGCGGCCAUGGCUGCGGCAGCCGCAGCCGGUUUGCAUCACACACAGCUGGACCAUAUGAACGGCAACACAGCCGGUGGGGAGGAUUCAUCGAUGAGCAUGUUUGAGCAUCAUUCUAUUUUCGACAAGGACACACCGAUGUUUGAUAUGACCAAACUGUCACCGGCACAUGUAGAGUUUCUAAACACGCUGCCAGAGAAUCCGAAGCGAUGGACGCAGGAGAUGAUCAAUUCCGCACUCGACAUCAAGAACGAAAUUGGCACACGGGAUUAUGAAAUUCUGCGCCGACAGGGAAUACCGCUUCCAGCGGCACGAACUCUCCGAAGGCACAAAGACAUUCGCAACAAGGCCGAUCGUGCGUUGAGCGAGACAGGUGAAAUCUUACCGAAUAGUGGUUCAGCGACGCCGGCAGGAAUUGUUGGAGGCGGCGGAUAA